AUGCCGGAAGAAUUCCAAAGUUCGGAUUCGCCAGAUAGUCCGCCGCCGGCAGGAAAGUCCUUUUCUGAGCUUGGACUAUGCCCCGUUCUAUGUGAGACAGCGAAUAAUUUGGGAUUCACUACGCCAACUCCAAUUCAAGCCGAAGCAAUCCCAUAUGCAUUGCAAGGUAGAGAUGUUAUCGGCCUUGCUCAGACUGGGUCUGGAAAGACAGCUGCAUUUGCCCUUCCUAUCAUCCAGGCGCUAUUAGAAAGUCCGCAGCCUUUUUUUGCAGCUGUUCUUGCACCGACCCGUGAAUUGGCGAUUCAAAUAGCGGAAAGCUUUGAAAAAUUGGGCGCCUCAAUUGAGCUGAAAACCUGCAUCAUCGUAGGCGGCGUUGAAAUGAUGGCGCAAGCGAUUGCAUUGGCGAAAAAGCCGCACAUAAUAAUUGCAACUCCCGGGAGGCUGGUUGACCACAUCGAAAACACUCGAGGCUUUUCGCUGAAAAAACUGCGAUUUUUUGUACUCGAUGAGGCCGACAGGCUAUUAAAUAUGGAUUUUGGGCUUGACAUUGACAAAAUCCUCAAGGUGAUUCCACAAAAGCGACAGACCUUCUUGUUUUCUGCUACGAUGACCAGUAAGGUUGCAAAGUUGCAGCGCGCUUCUCUUGUUGAUCCUGUCCGUGUGGAGGUUGCGACAAAAUACUCGACCGUCUCUACGCUGCAUCAGCAUUAUCUAUUUCUUCCUGCAAAAUACAAGGAAACCUUUUUGGUUUAUUUAUUGAACGAUAUUUCUGCCACGUCCACUAUUAUUUUCACUUCUACUUGCCACACCACGCAGCGAUUGGCACUUAUGUUACGAAACCUUGGGUUCUCUGCCAUCCCUUUACAUGGGCAAUUGCCGCAGCCAAAAAGGCUUGGGGCUUUAUCUCAGUUUAAAGGCGGGGCACGAUCUAUUCUUUUGGCAACAGAUGUUGCAUCCAGGGGUCUUGAUAUUCCGUCCGUUGAUAUGGUAAUCAACUAUGACAUCCCCACACACUCGAAGGAUUAUAUCCACAGGGUGGGUCGAACGGCUCGCGCUGGCCGUUCUGGAAAAUCGAUUACAAUGGUUACUCAAUACGAUAUUGAGCUAUACCAGCGUAUUGAGGUCUUGUUGGGGAAAAAAUUGGACGAGUUUCCUAUCGACAAGCAUAGUGCGAUGAGCCUUCACGAGAGGGUAUCGGAGGCCAUUCGUUUGGCAGUAAAUACCUUGAAGGAACAGGAUCUAGCAAAGAAAGAACGGAAGCUAGAUAGCAGGCCCAAACGAGGUGGACCCUCCAGAAAGAAGCUUUCCGCUCCCAGAGAUGAUGCCGACAUUGGCGAAUAA